CUAAAUCUACAGUGAUAAUGAUAAUGAUAAUCCAGAGUAAAAAAAACAGCAACGCUACUUGUCAAAGUGAACAAUCAGAAAUACUCUUAGGCCAGUGACAUUUAAUUCUGUCAACAAACAGCAAAACAGUUCGUCCCAACUCUUGCAAUAAAAUAAUUUAUUUAAAAUAAAAAUGUUAACAAUAACACUGUUGUCUAACGUUAACCUUAAACUCUAAUUAUUUAUUUAUAAAUAAAUAUCAGGUGAAUUGUUUGCUGACAGUUUAAAUUAAUAUUUAUUAUAAAUUUUUAAUGACAUGGUGUCUUGUGACGAAACUAGAAUAGAAUUGGUACCGAUUAUUAAGGAAAAUAAUAACAGAAAUGGUUGUAAAGAAGAAACUGUCACAUUUGUUGAACAAUACGUGAAAGAUGUCAGAGAUUUUAGUUCGCAGUAUGGUAGUAAUAUAAGUAUUUCAUAUACAGCUUAUAAUAUUGCUGGUAAUCCAAGUAAAUUUCCUGACUAUGGUGAUUAUCCGCAAGCUUUUGUUAUGAGGACUUAUGGAAACUGGUGGGAAGAAGCACCAUCACGAUUGAUUGAUUUUAUGCCCCAGAAUAAUGAACCUAUUGAUAGUCAUGACUACAUUGAUAUCGAGUAUCACAAAGAAGUCUAUCCAAUCAGGGUGUCAAUUUACGAGACUUACAAUCCUGGAAGUGUCAUAAAAAUAUGGGCGCGAGAUUCGUACGGUCAGUGGCUGCUGCUGUGGAGCGGGUUGCCGCAGAAAGUGUCUCCCAAGCCGCGAAUAUUUUCCCCGGCGCUGAAACUCUGUAAUUUCAAAACGAAAAUAUUGAGACUGGAAUUCAACCACUCGCUGCUGGACUACUACACGGAACUGGACGCUGUGCUACUGAUCGGUACUACUGAGCUCAUUCUCCCGCAUGUUGGUUUCAAAAACCGUAAUCUCAGUGCGUUAUUGAAACAAUUAGGCGGUAAUUGCAGUAACAGUAAUGAGGACUUGUGCAAUUUGACGCCGGAUCACACUAAAGCCCACUGUGAUUUGUUGAAACUUAAAAAUACUCUUCACAAGCAUUGCGUUUUAUACAAAAGUAAAAUAAUUGAUAAGUUACCAAAAGGUACAUUAUUGUCGAAAUUAGGAUUAAAUUGUCACUGCAUACCGCCAAUUGAAGAAGCUUUCAAUAGUUUACAACAAUUUUUACAAGAAGAUUUUCCAAAAUUAAUUAAGGACAUUAAUGUCUCUUCCCAAUCUUUAUCCGUCCAUGCUGAUAAUUUUAAUUCUAAUAGUUCUGAUGUCUGUGGAAAUUUUUCAGUACUUCCGGAUGAAACGGUACUAAAAAUACUAAAAAAUUUGGACUUGAAGUCAUUGUGCCGAAUUUGCAGGGUGAAUAAAUAUUUCAAUGUGAUUGCGCGGGACUCAUUACUUUACACGAGUUUAAAUCUCAAGCCAUAUUGGAAUUGUAUUGAUACCAGUGCACUUAAUUUUAUCACACCGCGAUGUAAAUAUUUACAGCGGCUUGAUCUGUCGUGGUGCGGCAACUACGACUCAAUAACGUCGCAUAAUUUCAUUGACUUCAUAAAUUCAUGCGGCAGUUUAUUGACCCACUUGAGACUUAAUUGCUGUCGUUUUGUAAACGAUCAUGUUGUGAGUGAAAUUUCUCACGUCUGUAAAAAUUUGAAAGAAUUAUGUUUGCGGAAUUGUACAUCAGUUACAACCCAAGGAUUCGGUAAUUUAGAUAAACUACAAAAUCUAGAGCGACUGGAGUUGUACAGAACGUCAAUAGAAACCGGGGAGUUGUGUUCGAUAUUAAAAAAUAAUACUCAACUACGUCAUUUAAAUUUAGCUGGAGUGAAUGACCGUUUAAAUAUGGACGAGGUCGCAUUGGAAUUGUCCAACUCGUGUAAUUAUUUAGAGAGUAUUGAUUGUUGGAAAGUACAAACUCUAACUCCGAUAGGCGUACGCGCCCUUACCCGUUGUACGAAACUACGGGAAGUUGAUUUCGGGUGGUGCGGGGGAAUGGGAGCUCCUGGGGAUUCUCUGCGCACUUUUCUUACAUGCUGCACAUCUUUGGAAAAAGUAUUUCUCUCAGCGCUAAGAGGUCUGACUGACCGAGACAUCGAACCUCUGCUACUGUGCCAGCGUCUCCAGCAGCUGGACAUUCUGGGCGCUCGGUCACUCACUUCCGAUAUUUGCUUACGUUUCUUGCUGUGCUGCCCCCAGCUCCGUAUGAUGGACCUGAGCUUCUGCGAUGCCAUCAGUGAUACUAAAGUCCAGGAGUGGCGCCAACUUUAUCCCCACGUAUCAAUAAAACGCAGCUUCCAAGUCAGUUGUCGUGAUAUUCCGCGUAAUUAA